AUGGCACCCAUCCAAAACGCCCUCGCCCUCAUCGCGAGAGAAGCCAUGAACAUUGCAACCCAACUCUCAAGUCGUGAUGAAAUCGGACAGGCGACAGAAAACGAUCGUCAUCCCGGCAUAUCACAUCCAGAGAUCUCACCAGACCCCAUGGUCAACCCGCAAGUUCCAUUGCCUUUGAUCAUAGUUCUCUGUGGUACUCUUUCCCUCGGUAUUGCGGCUGGGUUACGAGGGUCAUUUCAGGAUCGGGAAGAGAAGAGGAAACGUGAGACAACUAUUUGA